CUCAACUUCCUUUUUGCUUGCGGCUGUCAAUUGAAGCGCAACUUGCACGUGAAUUCUCUGCGAAUUUAGCAAUUUUAGCGAUCUAACAUGGACAAACCAGUUGUGUGGGCACGCGUCAUGAAGGUUCUGGGCCGUACCGGCUCCCAGGGUCAGUGUACUCAGGUGAAGGUUGAGUUCCUCGGCGAGCAGAACCGCCAGAUCAUCCGCAACGUGAAGGGACCAGUUCGCGAGGGCGACAUCCUGACCCUUUUGGAAUCCGAACGUGAAGCCAGGAGGCUGCGCUAAUUGGCGACCAAACUCGAGACGAUCUUUUUACACACACACACCAACUGUUUUUCGCACGCGGCUUGUUUUUUCAUGGAGAAGAAGAAGCGAAUGCCAAGAAAUUCGCGCGAGGCUGCUGCAUAUUCGUUAUAAACAAAUGAAAAUACACACCUAAUUCGCCAGAAAAUCAGCCAAAAUGUGUUUUAAAUAAAUCUCGAGAGCAUUGGACCGCCUUUGUACGAAAAGAAAACCAA